AUGUCAUUAGAUUCGUGCAAGUUGACGAGUGAUGUCGAGUCUACUCCCGAUACCACGUAUGUUAAUGAUUCUUUGUCUCCAUCGGGGUUAUCACCUUUGAAUGCAAAGGAGACUGUGUUGCCAAAUAAUUUCAAGUAUUACAGUCAUCACCUUAACAAAGGGCAGUUUAAUUUGAUUUUGAUCAACUGUUCCAUAAACUUGGUGAAAGUGUUGUAUCCGGAAAUGGAUGAGAGCAAGAUUAAGUUAAGAUUUUUUAUGGUUGAGAUUUUGAGACGUUCUAAGACGUCUAUUCAAUCCUUGCAGAUUACCUGUUUUUACCUUUUGAAGUUGAUACAAAGGGGCAAAGGUGAUUUGCUUUCAUGUCCGAAGAAAUUAUUUCUUGGAUUGCUUAUUAUUGCAUCCAAAUUUAACCAGGACGCAAAUUAUUCUUUUAAGACUUGGUUGAAGAUUUGUGGUUGCAACAAUGGAACUGAUGCCAAUGCGAAAUCUGAUUUGAAUUUACAGAUCUUGAGAAAUCUUGAAGUCACUUGCCUAGGAUUAUUGGAUUAUGAAUGUUACAUUAAUAAUUCUAAAUAUGAAAAUUGGUGUAACAUCUUGCUUAUUUUUGGCUACGACUUUAUCAAGUUUCAUAAGAUUUACAAUAAUGAAAUCGUUUGGGAAGCAGAUCUGGAAGUCAUCGCUCAUAAAUUAGUUAAGUGGAAAAAAUUCUUAAUUAAUAUGGAUAUUAGUAAGUUGAAUGUGAUUAAAAGCAGUUUCAGCGAUUAUUACAUUAGUCAAUAUGGUAAAAAAGUUUUACUUUAUGAUGAUGCUAAUAUUCCUUCAUUAUUUGAUACUAGAAAGAGAAAGUUCAUGGACGAUAACUUCGGCUCAAUUGAAAAGAAGUUUAAAGUAUCUUGUAAAUAA